AUGACCCAACCACCGACAUUAUCAAUUAACCUACCGUUAGGUAAUCUAACAAUACCUGUUCAUAUGUCACCAACUUAUAUACCAUCAACAAUUAUAUCAUCACCAGUAACGUGCACUAUUACUUCAUCAUCUAUCAUACCACCACCACCAUAUCAUACAAUAAACUUACAUACCAUAUCAUGUGAUACUGAUAUUGAUGUUGUCGGGAUUACGGAUGUAGCUCGUGAUGUACAUCUUGAUGAUGACGAUGACGAAGAGAAAUAUGAUAAGCCGUUGGAUUUAUCGCUUAAAAAGCGAGAAAUGCGAUGUUUACCGUCAUGUUCAGCUAUUUCUAAGCCGCAACCACGAGCUACCGUUAUACGAAAUGGUUACGUACGACGUAAUGCUGAUAUGCGACGAUCAGCAUCCUCAGUAACACCACGACCCACUUCUGAGCCAGAUGUUUCUGAGCAUUUCCGGCGAUCGCUUAGUGGUAAAUGGCCAAGACGUCAAACAAAUUAUGUUCAUUAUACACCACCGCUUCAAACUGAUACUGACAAAAAAAUUUCCGGAUCGUUAUCACAUUGUAAAAGUAGUCAAACAACCGGUUUACGAAAUACCCCUUCAUGCAGUGCAAAUUCUCCACAACAAAUUGUUGUCAAUAAUUCCGGAAUUGAAAGUGAGAAUUACGAUUUUUUUUUCAAAUUGAAUAAAUCUGAAAAGAAAAAUUUGAAAGAGAGAAUCUUGCUUCUGUAA